AUGUACAAGAAGUCGAACAAAUCACUGGCACCGCUUACGACCCCAACCGUGGCUCUGUCCGGACUUCCAGCGAGCGCUCUUCCCAGUCCGGCUGUCAAAUCUGAUGGUUCGUGCGACGUGUUCGACGAUCUCGUCCCUAUCAGCAAGUCCGCACAGGUAAUUACUACUUAAGAACCCAAAAACCACUAUCGUUUGCAGCCGUCUGCCGCACGACAGCAAGGUGUCGCUCGGGUUGCUGACCUGGUAGAAGAGUCUGCGGCUUCGCCGCCUAACGAGCCUAAAGAAAAAUACGACGACCACGACGACCACGACGAUGACGACAAGGAGCACAACUCACGGGUUUCGCCAUUCAACGUCGUAUCGACUACAUCUUCCACUGCUGCUUCUCCGGUCAGCGAGACGACAACAUCAAAAAGCGUUCGUCAUUGUUGUUGCUUUUUCACCGUUUGACUGCUUCUUUCAGCAGGGCCAUGGUAGCGAAGAUGGCGUGCACACUGCCGACGAAGCUAACAGACAAGCAGAAGCAGCGAACACGUGUAGCACGUUCAAGGCAAGUUUUUUUUGGAAACAUUUCGCGUAUUUCUCUAUCGACGAUUUAGCAACCGGAUUCGCCGAAGCUGACUGAAACCGAACUUUUUCGCGUUGUGCGACAAGAAUUAGAAGAGCAGAGAAAAUUUUCGCGUUGUGCGACAAGAAUUAGAAGAGCAGAGAAAAUUCGAAAUUGCAAAACUAUCCGAUCCGAUUCCUCCAACAGGCACGGCACUCCUGCAACUACAAGCGCUUCGGGCGCUAAUGAAAAAACAUCAAAUGAGUCGAGCAGAUGUCAUUACGGCGUUGGUCAGUGAGAGAAUGGAAAAAAAAAAAUUUCAAUGUGCUGCUGAUUAUAGGAUCGUCUCGACGGCGUCGAAAGACCAGCGGUUUCGCCAACUCAGAUUCCACGCUCGGGGCAGAGAACUAGUCCAUUCACAAUUUUCGACGUCUGUCGUUCCACGACCACCCCAUCCCGAAGUCCUCAACCAAUUUCGUAAGUUUUUUUUAUUUGGCUUAAACUCAGACCGCAAAACCGUGACCCAAAAACUGGCAAACUUUCCAGGCAAACGCGUCAAAUUGACUCCUCUGACCACCCGUUGUAGAGUUGCCAUUGAACAUUUGCCAGUCCUGGUUCUUGUUUUUCAUGGUCGUUCUACCUGCCGAUUCCGACUAGCUUGGGUAGAUUCGGUGAACCCGGCGGCAAUCCAGGCUACACCAUCAUUACGGUAAUUCCCGCACGAAAAUGGUUUCUCAACAACAAAGUUCAGAGUGACUUUUACCGCAAUCAAGUCGAGGAGGAGUAUAGAAGCGAUGAGAUGGCUAAUUUUGUCGCCGAAGGAAGAAGUCCCGUCACGGGAAAACCUGAACAUUACUUGCUAAAAUGCCCGUUAGAAAAUCAUCAGUACAAAAUCGAGCCCCUUUUCCAGCAGAAGAACCCGGCAGCAAAUCCCAAUCGGAAUGCAGUUCCCUAA